AACGAUUUUGUUACGUCAGAGUGUUAGUUUUAGAGAUCAUUUUGAAAGUGAGGGACUUAAUAACAGAUGCCCAUACUUCGGUACUUUGAACAAUUACCAACAUUGAUCCGUAUUCCUUUCUACUUUUUGUUUCGCUGAAAGUCUUCCGUAUGGUAUCAUAUAAAAUGUAUCAAUACUGGGCGAUUUGUAUCAUACUUCUUUUUGUAACACACCAAACAACUACAAACAAGAUGUGUCUUAAAAUCGUGAUAAUUGCUGGUCUAAUAGCCGUAGCAUCUGCUACCGAGAUGGCGGACAAGAGAAGUGCGUCCUGGGACUUAGUCACCUCGUCCGGAUGGAACCCAGCCAGUGGUGGCAACGGAAUACCCGCCACGCUGGUCAUAAAUAGCGGCGGCAACGGUGGUUGGUCAUCCGACUCCAGUAGCGAAGUGGCGGGCGCGGUGGCGGCGGCUAAGGCUGCAGCUGGCGCGGUGAGGGCGGCGCAACAGCAGGUAGCAGCUGCCAAGCAUGCCGCGUUGCACCAGCAGGAACUUGCUGGCGCCAAGGAGGCAGCAGCUGCGCAUGCCGCGCAUAAAAGCGAGGAAGCAUCAAGACGAGCACGUGCGCGUGCGCUUGAAGCCGCGCAGUCCGCAGUGCAUGCGCAGGCGCGUCUCGCAGCGGCCAAGGCCCGCGCCGCAGCUGCGCAGAGGAUCGCCGCCGCAAGGGAGGCGGAGGCGGCCAAAGCUAUACAACAAGCCGCUCACACACAAGCUGCUAGGCUUCAGAACGCUGAUAUAGAAUCACUGAAAUUGUCAGUGCUACAAAGUUCAGGGGCCGCGGGCGCAGCCGGCGCAGCGCAGCACGCAGCGACAUCAGCCGCCGCGGCCUUACGUCCUGAUAACCAAGGCUGGAACCCACAGGGUUGGCAGCCUAGUGCCAACUCCUGGGACUGGUGAAAUGAUACAACGAAGAAUACAACGAAUUAAUAAUAUAAUUUUAA